CUCUAGCUCCUUCUUUCUUUAUUUCCCCCUCUAUCUCUCUCUGCAUCUAUCCCUCUCUCUUUCUCUCUCUCUCUCACAUCCAUAACAACAUAGAGGAAGCCACAUUUAACACCAAUCACUCACUGGCAGCACAUAUCAGCAGCCAGCCAGCAUAGACUGUAAAACUAACUCUACAGAAGGAUACACUUUUCUCAAAUAAGCAACUAAACUGAAAACGAAAAACCCCGCCAGUACAAGAAUUGAUAAAAUCUCAAUAAUAUUUGGAUGAAAUUAUUUUGAAAUGACUCUGAGUAAGAAACUUUUAGAAAUAGAAGUAUUUAUAUUAAUAUAUAUUUUAAAUACAAGCCUAGGUGUUGUUCUCACCUAUCAUGUACAAGAAGAACAAAAUCCCGGUACCUAUGUCGGAGAUAUUGCUGCCAAUACCAAAUUUGUGGACAGUUUUCCACCACAAGACCAUAAUCUUAUUACUUUUAGUCAACUACAUGAAAGUCUUACUGGAAAUGCUCAGUUGUUCAAUGUCUCCAAAAUAGGGAAGUUAUACACCGGCAAAACUUUGGACUCAGAGUCACUUUGUAAAUACAGAAGGGAAUGUUUUAGAAUGAUAGAAAUUGCUGUCCGACAUGAAGAAUCAUUUGUGAAAAUUAUUGAAAUCAAAAUCAUUGUUGAAGAUGUUAAUGAUAACGAGCCAAUAUUUCCAAAUAAAAUGAUUAAUCUCCAAUUUGACGAAACAGAUGGGAAAGGAACUACAAAAUCUAUUCCCAGUGCUGUUGAUAAAGAUGUAGGAGUUUUAAAUUCUCAGAUUACUUAUGUUCUUCAAAAAGAUGAAAAUGCUCCUUUUGAGCUAUCAGUUUUGAAAAGAAUGGUUGGCACUGAGAAACUUGAUAUCAUUCUCAAAAGCAAACUUGACAGAGAAACGAAAGAUGUUUAUACAAUACAAGUCAUUGCUAAAGAUGGUGGAACUCCCCCUAGGGAAGGUAUUUUAAAUGUUCAGAUAUCGGUUACAGAUGUGAAUGAUAAUGCACCUAUCUUUUCUCAGAAUAUUUACAAUGUCUCAGUUGAAAACGCAAAUGACAUAGAAUCUCCUAUUCUUAUUUUAUCUGCCAAAGAUUUAGACACAGAUAAAAACGGUGCUGUUUCAUAUUAUUUAAAUUCUGAAACAACAGAUCUGGCAAAAUCAUACUUUGAACUCAAUGAAGUCACUGGGGAGCUUUUUUUAAGUAAGAAAAUUCCACUGAAGAGAAGACAAACAUAUAAAUUAUAUGUAGAAGCAAAAGACGGGGGCGAACCAUCUUUAAAUUCAAUAGCAAUGGUUUAUGUAAACAUUAUUAACCAGCAGAAUAAUGCACCAAGGAUUGAUGUAAAAUUUGUUUCCAAAUCAAAAGAUAAUUCAGCUGUGAUUUCUGAAGGGGUCAAAGUUGGCAGCUUCAUUGCCUAUGUAAAGGUUACUGAUAAUGAUGCUGGAUUGAAUGGAGAAGUUUCUUGUGAUCUUCAGAAUGAUAAAAUACAACUCCAAGAACUUGGCAGAAAGAAAUAUAAAGUUAUUGUCAAGAAUUCCGUCGACAGAGAGACUGAAGAGUAUAUAGACUUUUCAAUUAUUUGUAAAGAUGAAGGCUCACCUUCUCUUCAUACAGAGAGAAGGUUCUCAAUCCAAGUGAUGGAUGUCAAUGAUGUACAGCCACAAUUUACUAAAGAUACAUUCAAAUUUCUAACCUAUGAGAACGAGAAAGAAAACUUUCCAGUUGGUUAUAUUAAUGCAACUGACCCUGAUUUAGGACAGGGAGGUCACCUGACCUAUUCUUUAUUACACAGCCAUAAUGAUAUUCUUCCUUUUCAAAUUUCUGACUUUGGAUUUAUUUCAACGACUCAUUCAUUGGACCAUGAACAGCAGGAUAUUUAUGAGUUCAACAUUUUAGUUACAGACAAUGGCAGUCCUGCAUUGAACAGCACUGCUAAUGUGCUUGUUGAAGUUAUUGAUAAAAAUGACAAUGCACCAUAUUUUACAUUUCCUAGUGUUAACCCUUUUAACAUAGAUGUCCAUUACCAUCCACAGAGUAAGAAUGACGUCACAACAUUAAGAGCUUCUGACAGAGACAGCCAUGUGAAUGCUUUCCUCAGAUAUGAAAUAAUAGGAGGAAACCACAAACAGUUAUUCAUUAUUAAUCCUUAUACAGGAGUAUUGUCUUUCUCUCGUCCAGUUUACCAAAAUGAUGCUGGGUCAUAUGACCUUCAGUUUGUUGUCAAAGACAGUGGUACUCCAGUAUUAUCAGCAACCACUACUGUAUUUCUGACUCUAACGGUCAGCAACAGCACUUCUCAGCUUUACACAGCUCAACACACUGAGUCAGAUGAUAUGAUACAUAUCAGUUUAGUAGUAAUAAUUGUAAUAGCUGCUGUGAUAAUAUCUACAGCUAUUGUAGUCUCUAUAAUAGUCUGCAUUGUUCAAAGACAGAAUCAAAGAGAGGUCCAGUACGGUUACCGGAUUGAUGCAAACAAUGAUUUAGUCGGGGAGAGAAGACACUCAGAAGAUAUUUGUGAACAAAUAUCUCUCAAAUACGAUGCCCCCGUAGCCAUGGAGACCAAUCCAAGUCUCAGCAGAAACCCCCAAACAUCAUCAGUAUUAAAAAGAGGGUUCUAUUCAGGAUAUAAAUCAGGACAAAAUUGGAGAGAUUCUACUUUGGCAAUUCAGCUAAAAUCUUCAGCUGAUGAUACUACACAAGCCACAAUGACAUCUGGUGUUAACAAGUUAGAGGACUGUGUGAUUAUGGCACCUGACCAUUGCAAAGAAAUGCUUACAGUAUUUUCUCAUAUUAACAAUGGUCAAAAUUGUCUUGAAAGAAACAAUGGACACUAUGAAGAAUUAUCAGGUCUUAAAUCAUCUCAGUUAAAAGAAUUAAAAUGUGGAGAUUUAAAGUCCUUAUCACAGACACUUGGCAAAGUAAAAUGUACUACUAGUAGCAAGGACAGCUACCUAUCAGACAGUGGCCAGAACACACCCUCAAACGAUGUCAUUGACCUAAAGUCAUUUAGAGUAAGCAGUGCAACCAACAAUACCACAACCAAUAACAGCAAUAUUACUACAGUACCGUCAGAGACUUGGAAUCUACCGAUGAGGGAUUGUUUUAUGACCUACAACAAACCAUUACCAGCAGUACCAAAGAUCUCAUAUUCUUGAAAAGAAAAAAAAAAACCCACCAUAUUUAUAAACAAAACAUGUACAGGUAAACUUAACAAACAAUAUUACAAACACAAGAAAAACAAUACAAAAACAAAAAAAAGCAAGCAAAAUGGAUAUUAAAAAAACUGUUGUACUAAGAAAAACAAGAAAAAGAUGAUAAGAAAAUUUUUGUAAGAAUUAUGUUACUUUUGCAAAAUGUUAACAAAGGGAGGAAGAUGGUGUGUGUGUGUGUGUGUGUGUGUGUGGUGGGGGGAGAGAACAAGCAAGAAAUAUUUUACACCAUUUUAAACAUUUUCAUUUAAUGGUUACAAGGAUAUAAAAAUGCUGUUUUUCAACAAAAUAGAUGCAGGAUAUCUUAUUCUAUUUUAUUGUGUGAAUGUGUGUAUGUAUGCUAUGUAUGUAUGUAUGUGUGUGUGUGCGUGCUUCUGCGUGUGUAUAUAUAUAUAUAUGUAUAUGCAUACAAAUUAUAUAUAUAUAUUUAUAUAUAUAUAUAAAUAGGCACGCACAUACAAACACACACACAAACAAAUAUCUAUAUUAUAUUUUGUAUAUAUAUCUUUAUACAUUCAUUUGUCAGUACAAUCACACACAUAUAUGUAUACAAACACAUUUAUAUGUAUAUGUACAUAUAUAUAUAAAGUGCAUAUGGUUGUAUGUGUAUGUAUAUAUAUAUAUCUAUAUGCAUCUAUGUAUUAAAUACAUACAUGCAUACACACGCAUGUUCUCUUACACACACAUCCCAAAAACUGUGUGUGUGAGAGAUAGAUUGUAAAUAGA